GGAGGGGGAGGGGUGUCCCGUCGGCAGGCACACAGACAGCAGGCAGCAGCUGCAGCGACCGGACCCGGCGCCGUUACUCUGCAUUAAAACGUUCACAUUACGAUUUUUUUAGCUCCGAAACGCGCAGGUUAGAAACAGACACACACACAAACACACGACCUCUUCUAAAAUGGUAGACCGCGAGCAACUGGUGCAGAAAGCCAGGCUGGCCGAGCAGGCAGAGAGGUAUGAUGAUAUGGCAGCUUGCAUGAAAUCGGUCACAGAGCUGAAUGAAGCACUAUCCAAUGAGGAGAGGAACCUCCUCUCCGUGGCUUAUAAGAACGUUGUUGGGGCAAGGCGUUCAUCCUGGCGCGUCAUCUCCAGCAUUGAGCAGAAGACGUCGGCCGACGGUAAUGAGAAGAAGAUUGAGAUGGUGCGGGCCUACCGGGAAAAGAUCGAAAAGGAGCUGGAGUCCGUCUGCCAGGAUGUGCUCAACCUGCUUGACAAUUACCUGAUCAAGAACUGCAACGAAACGCAGCACGAGAGCAAGGUGUUCUACCUGAAGAUGAAGGGUGACUACUACCGUUACCUGGCUGAGGUGGCCACGGGGGAGAAGAGAGCCUCGGUGGUGGAGUCCUCUGAGAAGUCCUACAGCGAGGCCCACGAGAUCAGCAAGGAGCACAUGCAGCCAACCCACCCCAUCCGCUUGGGCCUGGCUCUUAACUACUCCGUCUUCUACUAUGAGAUCCAGAAUGCCCCAGAGCAGGCGUGCCACCUGGCCAAGACCGCUUUCGAUGACGCCAUCGCCGAACUGGACACCCUCAACGAGGACUCCUACAAAGACUCCACUCUCAUCAUGCAGCUGCUACGAGACAACUUGACGCUGUGGACGAGUGACCAGCAGGACGACGAGGGAGGAGAGGGCAACAACUAAGGAGUCUAGAACCUCAUUCUGCCAAAACAACACAACACGCGCGCUCACAAAUGAUGAUAAAAUAAUAAUAAUAAUAGUUAAAUUGUUCUUAGAAAUUAAAAAAAAAGGGAGGGUGGGUUGGGGGCGGUGGGACCUCGGCGACUUAUUUAGCCGAUGGUACUGAUGCGGCUGCAGUUCUUUAUUUUUCCACAAAUUAAAAGUGAAAAAAAAAAGUAGGCAGAGGGAGGAAUUUUAGUUUCAGAAAUAACCUACAAUUAAAAAAAAAA